GGCAGUUAUCAAGUUCUAGUUAAUUAUUAAACGUGUGGCCGGCAGGAGAGGAAGCCUUCAAAAUCACAUCGGAUAUGUUACCAAAAGGACUAUGGAAGGAAUCACCUAUGGAAAGACAAAUGAAGCACCUAAUGGGAGGUCUCUGUAUGGGCUGUACCCCUACAAGUCCAGUAUGAUUGGGCUGGAGGCUCUGUCUGACCCGUCUCUGGACUGGGACAUCGUGGAGACCAUCGGCAAAGGCACCUACGGCAAAGUCUACAAGGUCAACAACCGCAAGGACGGCAGUCAGGCGGCCGUCAAAGUCCUGGACCCCAUCAAUGAUGUGGAUGAGGAGAUCGAGGCGGAGUACACCAUCCUGCGCUCCCUCUCCAACCACCCCAAUGUGGUCAAGUUCUUUGGCAUGUUCUACAAAACAGACAACCUCUCAGGUGGACAGCUCUGGUUGGUUCUGGAGCUGUGUAAUGGAGGCUCAGUCACAGAGUUGGCCAAAGGUCUGCUGAUGCGUAGCAAGCAUAUGGAGGAGCCCGUCAUCGCAUACAUCUUAUGUGGGGCACUGCUGGGUCUCCAGCAUCUCCACAACAACAGAAUAAUCCACCGUGACGUCAAGGGCAACAAUAUCCUCCUGACCACAGACGGUGGAGUCAAGCUGGUUGACUUUGGUGUGUCCGCCCAGCUCACCAACGCCCGUCUGAGACGGAACACUUCAGUGGGUACACCCUUCUGGAUGGCACCAGAGGUGAUUGCAUGUGAGCAGCAGUAUGACUACUCGUAUGACGCGCGCUGUGACGUCUGGUCACUGGGCAUCACGGCUAUCGAGCUGGCGGACGGUGACCCCCCGCUGGCCGAGAUGCACCCCGUCAAAGCCCUCUUCAAGAUCCCACGGAACCCGUCGCCUACUCUGCGCCAGCCAGAUCAGUGGUGUAGGAGCUUCAGUCACUUCAUAGCCCAGUGCCUAAUAAAGGACUUUGAGACGCGGCCGUCCGUCACCCACCUGCUGGAGCACCCGUUCAUAAAGCAGGCUCACGGCCAUGACUCCAGCCUGCGCAAGCAGCUCUCCGCACUUAUCAAGGAGCAGCAGGAGCACGGCUGCAGGAGGAGGACCAGGCACGAGAGGAUUAACACGCGUAAGACGCUCAUCAUUGAAAGCAGUCCUGAUGAUGACCUGGUGAAUCUGGAGGUGCUCGACGAGGAAACGAUUAUUAGUCAUCUCCAGAGGAGGUAUGGAGAGCUGCAGAUCUACACAUAUGUGGGGGAUAUCCUCAUCGCUCUCAACCCCUUCCAGAGCCUCAGCAUCUACUCCCCACAGUUUUCCAAGCUGUACCAUGGAGUCAAGCGCUCAGAAAACCCCCCACACAUCUUCGCCACGGCAGACGCAGCUUACCAGAGCAUGGUCACCUUCAGCAAAGACCAGUGCAUCAUCAUCAGUGGGGAGAGUGGGGCAGGGAAGACAGAGAGUGCCCACUUGAUCGUCCAGCACCUCACCUUUCUAGGAAAGGCCAACAACCGCACACUGCGGGAGAAGAUCCUCCAGGUGAACCCUCUGCUGGAGGCCUUUGGGAACGCCUGCACGGCCAUCAACGACAACUCCAGCCGCUUCGGCAAGUACCUGGAGAUGAAGUUUACCCCCACCGGCGCCGUCAUGGGCGCCAAGAUCUCCGAGUACCUGCUGGAGAAGUCCCGAGUCAUCAAACAAGCAGCAGGAGAGAAGAACUUCCAUAUAUUCUACUACAUCUAUGCUGGCCUGUACCAUCAGGAGAAACUGAAGAAGUACAGACUCCCAGACAAAACACCACCAAGGUACAUUGGCAGUCAGAAUGGGAAGGUGAUGCAGGACAUCAUCUCCAGCAAACUCUACAAGGAGCAGUUUGAUGCCAUCCAGGACUGCUUCAGGAUCAUAGGGUUCACUGAAGAGGAGGUGAACUCAGUGCACAUGAUCCUGUCUGCCAUCAUGAACACGGGCAACAUCCAGUUCACCUCCAUCACCUCCCAGCACCAGACAGACAAGAGCCAAGUGCCCAACUCAGAAGCUCUAGACAAUGCUGCCGAUCUCCUGAGCAUCGGAUCGGAAGAGCUGCAGGAAGCUCUGACGUCCCACUGCGUGGUGACGCGCGGCGAGACCAUCAUCCGCACGAACACGGUGGACAAGGCCACCGACGUGCGCGACGCCAUGUCCAAGGCCCUCUACGGACGCCUCUUCAGCUGGAUCGUCAACCGCAUCAACACCCUGCUCCAGCCCGACACCAACAUCUGUGCUGCAGAAAGUGGGAUGAACGUGGGCAUCCUGGACAUUUUCGGCUUCGAGAACUUCAAGAAGAACUCCUUCGAGCAGCUCUGCAUCAACAUCGCCAACGAGCAGAUUCAGUUCUACUUCAAUCAGCACAUCUUCGCUCUGGAGCAGAUCGAGUACCAGAGCGAGGCAGUGGACGCCAGCCAGGUGGAGUACGAGGACAACCGGCCCAUCCUGGACAUGUUCCUACAGAAGCCCAUGGGCCUGCUGUCCCUGCUGGACGAGGAGAGCCGCUUCCCACAGGCCACAGACCAGACACUCGUGGACAAAUUUGAGGACAAUGUCUUUGGGCAACACCUCGGGGUGGAACUGUCCUUUGGGAUUCAACACUACGCUGGAAAGGUUCUGUACAAUGUGAACGGGUUCCUGGAGAAGAACCGGGACACGCUCCCAGCGGACAUCGUGGUGGUUUUAAGGACCUCUGAGAACAAGCUCCUCCAGCAGCUCUUCUCCAGUCCCCUCACCAAGACAGGUAAUCUGGCCACAUCCAGAGCCAGGGUCACUGCAGCCUCCAGAUCACUGCCCCCACAACUCAACAACACGCGCAAUAAGGUGGAUACCAUGGAGGUGAUGCGACAUCCUGAGGAGACUACCAACAUGAGGAGGCAGACUGUGGCCUCAUACUUCCGUUACUCUCUGAUGGACCUGCUGUCCAAGAUGGUGGUGGGGCAGCCCCACUUUGUGCGCUGCAUCAAGCCCAACGAUGACCGCCAGGCGCUGCGCUUCUGCACGGAGCGUGUCAUGGUCCAGCUACGCUACACCGGCAUCCUGGAGACCGUCAACAUCCGUCGCCAGGGUUACUCCCAUCGCAUCCUCUUUGAGGAGUUUGUGAACAGGUAUUACUAUCUUGCGUUCAGAGCUCAUCAGAUGCCAGAGAGCAGUAAGGAGAAUGCCAAAGCCAUCCUGGAGAAGGCCAAACUGGAGAACUGGGUUAUUGGAAAAACCAAGGUGUUCCUGAAGUACUACCACGUGGAGCAGCUGAAUCUGAUGGUGCGGGAGGUGUUGGCCAGGGUGGUGGUGCUGCAGGCCUACACCAAGGAGCUGGGUGCAUGCCGCUACCGCCGCGAGAGAGAGUGACGCAGCCAGGGAGCCACCGUCAUAGAGUCAGCCUGGAGGGGCCAUGUCGCUCGCCAAAAUCUCAAGCAAAUCAGAAAGGAGCGCGAUGAGGCAGCUGUCCGGAUCCAGUCAGCCUACAGAGGACACAGAGUACGCAAAGACUGCAAGCAGAAACGCCAUUCUGCACCAGAAACACUGGGGAGCGGCUCGGCGACCCAGAGGAAAGGUUCGGCCGCGGACAAUAACCGCAUCCUGAAAGACCAGGCUCAGGCUGACAGGGCCACUGCUGACAGGCAGGCCAGAGCAGGCAGCCUUGACAAAGGAGGAGGAGGUGGAGUGCCAGGCGUCCUCCUCAGAGACCAGCAGAAUAAACAAGGUCCCCUGCUGAAGCUUCACCAGCGAACUCCUCGCAGACGAGGACAGCAGCCCAAAUUACUCAACAGCCCUGAAGACAGCCUGUACUACAACCAGCUCAAUCGCGCUCUGGAUUAUCAGGGGAGCAAGAGGAAGCCGAGGAAACUUGGGCAAAUCAAAGUGCUGGACGGCGAGGACGAGUACUACAAAUUACUGUCUGCUGUGGACUCCAUCCCCGAGGAGGACUUUGCCACGGCAACCCCUCCCACAUUGUCACGGGAGCCCCUCAUCACUCAGACCUGAGCCUCAGGUCCGCCUGUCAGCUGGUUGCCUUUAGUGACCCUAGGAAGACUAACCACUGCCUCUUGAAGCCAUUCAGAUCUUCCUAUUUAUUUGGCCAUGUUUGUCAGAAACUGUUUUUGAGGUGCUGAUCAUGAACUGAAAUCUAAUAGAGUGAAUAGCAUGUAGUCUCAUUAUUUAUGUAAAUAAUAUUUGUAGUUUUCAUAUGUGGACAUUUUGUUUUACUGAUUAUUAUAUAACGUCAUCUCAAUUAACAGGGAAGACUGUAAAUAUGAUAUUACAGUUUGUACAUCUUUUUCUAAUUUGUUCCAUUUUCAAGACAACACAACUGGAUGUUCUUUAUUUUCUUUGUGUUUAGCUUGUUGUAAUUAGAUUGGCGAAAUUAUGUAGAAAAUAUAAUGCUAUUUUGCCACAACAUAAUUGUUUUAAUUGUAUUGCUGUUAAGUCUCUCAAUCGUAGAAUUGUCCUAACACAGAAGAGCACAUUGUUGUUUUGUACUCACACGCUGUAAUAAAGUUCAUUCAAACCA